AUGCGUCCGCGCGCCGACACCAUGGUGGCGACAGACUACAUCCCGGCGUGGCACCGAUCGGCCGGCCACCCCGCCGACGUGCUGCAGCCCUCCUACGGCAGCGCAGCGCCCCCGCGGCCGCCCACCGACUACCAGCCAUGGCACGGCAUGACUGCGCCUGCGCCGCGCAGGCCCACGCGCGCCAGCCCUAGCCCUGAUCCCAUGCCUGCCUGGCAGCCACACCCACAUGCGGGGACGACGCUCCCGCUACCACCCCCUCCGCCGUCGUCGUAUCUCCUGUCUCGGCUCCGAGAGCAGAUGCGGCAGGCGGAGGAGCAGUUCGCUGCGCCGACGGGCCACAGAGGUCGGCCCCGCAGCGCGGCUCCGCGUGGUUCCCAGGCUGAGUCUGUGAGGCAAGGAUGGUCGUCUGAUCGUCGCGCGAGGGCAGCGAACGCGCCGCCGCUGCCGCCAGGCUGA